UGUGGUUGCUAUGAGACAUAAGUGAAGAGUUUCGCUUUCUUUUCCCCGGUGUUGAUGCUGAGCUGAUCUGCAGAUUGAAGGAAAAUGGCCGGUUUAGAGGUGCUGUACACCUGUGUCGCAGAUCAAAUCUGCUGUCCGCAGGACGCUGUUGUGUGCUUCGUUCACUGGGAAAUGAUAAAGAAUGGAUACAGGUGCAUCGGGUCUGGAGACGAGCCUCGCAGCAGCGAUCAGAAGUCCGAGCUGCUUCCUGCUGACUGGAGCAACAACAAGGAGCUGUACAGUCUCCGCUAUAAAGACGACUCAGACACGCAGGUGGUACUGAAGGCCAUCACUGUGGACUCCACGCUGAUCUUCAACCUGAUGAACUCCAGCACAAAGCAGGUUUUAGACUUGAUGGUGAACGUCAGCGAUCAUGUGAACGUGGAUCAGCUGCAUACAUUCAGCAGCGUGUACAAAGACGCAGACAGUUUGUCACAAAAGGUGACGACUCAGCUGCUCCCCUCCAAAGAGAAACACCCUGAAAAAGCAGAGAAGAGCAGAAGAGAGGAAGAUGAGGAGUUACAUAGAAGAAGAGGAGAAGACAGCGACCCUCUCCGAAUGCCCAGCAGACACCCUCGGCAGGGAGUUCAGCCUCACUGGCCCGACCCAUUUGUUCCUCCGUUCGCAGCUGGAGGAGCAGAUCUGGAUCCGUUCGGAUCUCGCGGUGGUGGUGGGAUGAUAGUCGACCCAUUACGGUCAGGGUAUCCUCGCUCCGGCUUUGACCCGUCUGGUGGUGUACCAGACAUCCUGCCUCCUGGAGCUGUUCCCCCAGGAGCUCGCUUCGACCCGUUUGGACCCAUUGGACGUCACAGACCGGGGCCCGAUCCAGACCACAUGCCCCCACCGGGCUACGAUGACAUGUUCAUGUAACACUCAGUGGUGCUUCCUGCUUUUUUCUAUUCCUGGUUGGACUCGGGUCAGAACAGAUCCAGUGCAGAAUUGCCAACGACCCUCUGAGGAGGAGGAGGAGGGCUUUUCUUUUCAAAUGAAAAUUAAUUAUUCAGGGUUAAGAAGUGGUUCUGGUGUCAGACUUUCAAAGAAAAGAAAUCUUUAUUGGAGUCCAAUAAAAAACAAACUGAGA